AUGACAGCCAAAGGUGAGGAGGUGAAGGUCGGUGUUCACCAUUCCGGCUUGGUUGUAUACCGUGAUAUGUUACGCAUCAGAAACUUUCCGUGGGCCAGGAUUGUUCAAAUUUCCUAUAGAUCUCGUAACUUUGAACUACUUGUUCGUCCAGAACCUGCUUAUGGGGCCUAUCUGCGAGGGAAAUUUUCGCGGUCCUCUAGCAAGGGUCCCCUGCUAAACGAAAGUAUCGGUAGUGGUGGCAUGAUUGGAUCUCUAAAGCGCAACUCGAAGCGUAGGUCAACCAGCUCAGAAGAUCACGCAGUCGUAUCCGACAAGCAAGGAGAUAAUUUACUAGUAGAACUCUUUCGUUGCUCGGAUGACAGACUGACAAAGCGACUCUACGAUACCGUUGUAGAAAGCCAUAUCUUCUAUCGGCAAGUCAGCUCAUUCACAAAGCCAUAA